GGGUCAGUUCCCAAAUCUCAAAUUCUACUCCUCCCUUCUUCUUUUUCUUCUUUUCGUGUUUAUUUUUCCGUUUGAUUUUAAUCAUUUUUCUUGCUUUGUUGUUUUGAUUUUUUUAAUUUUGGUUUUGAUGUCUUUCUGCAACUGGGUUUUGAUUCUUUCGAAUAAUUUGCAUUUUCUUUUUAUGUUUUGUUUGUUGUAGAGGUUUUCCUUUGUUUGUUUGGCUUGGUCUUCCACUGCAACCUUGUCUGCUUCAAAGGCUAGAUUUUGGAUAAUCAUUUCUUUGGUCAAAAUUCACAGCUUCUAAUUCCCCUGCCAUUGUUCGAAGCUCUGAAUUUCUCUGCUUUUCUGCUGAGCUCUGUUUUUCGUUGAACUUUGAUCAAGGAUGGCCAUAAAGGCAAUUGAGUUGUUGAAAGGAAGUGCAUCCCAUGAAGAGAUAGUUGAAGUUCUUGAAGCUGUGGCUGCAGAUUUGGGAGAUGUGAUCGAUGAUGUGAACUCUUUGCAGGCGAAGCCUCUGAAGGGGGCAAUGACCAAUGAGGUUUAUGAGGUAAAUUGGCCAACCAAAAAUGAUGGUCAUCAGAGAAGAGUUCUGGUUCGAUUAUAUGGUGAAGGUGUUGAGGUUUUCUUCAACAGGUUGGAUGAAAUCCAAACCUUUGAGUGCAUGUCAAAGCAUGGACAGGGUCCUCGCCUUCUUGGGAGGUUCACCACUGGCCGAGUUGAAGAGUUCAUUCAUGCAAGAACACUCUCUGCUGCUGAUCUCCGUGACCCUGAAAUAUCUGCUUUGAUAGCAUCUAAGAUGAGGGAGUUUCACAAUCUUGAUAUGCCUGGUGCAAGGAAGGCUCAGCUGUGGCAGAGAAUGAGGAAGUGGCUUAGUGAUGCCAAAAGUUUGUGCUCCCGAAGGGAUACCAACAAUUUUCGCCUGGACAAUCUAGAUGCUGAAAUAAACAUGCUUGAAGAGUUGUUAUCUGAAGGAAAUCAAGAUAUUGCUUUUUGUCACAAUGACCUACAAUACGGUAACAUAAUGAUAGAUGAAGAGACAAGAGCAAUCACUUUAAUUGACUACGAAUAUGCGAGUUACAAUUCUUUUGCAUAUGAUCUGGCAAAUCAUUUCUGUGAAAUGGUGGCCAAUUACCAUAGUGACGAACCUCAUGUUCUUGACUACAGUAAAUAUCCUGGUCUGGAGGAGCGUCAAAGGUUUAUUAAUAACUACUUGAGUUCUGAAGAUAAGAAACCAAGCAACACUGAAGUGGAGCAGUUAGUGAAUCUCGUAGAAAAGUACACUCUUGCAAACCAUCUAUUUUGGGGCUUGUGGGGACUUAUAUCGAGUUAUGUCAACAAAAUUGACUUUAACUACAAGGAGUAUGCAAGGCAGAGGUUUCAGCAAUACUGGUUAAAGAAGCCUACUUUAUUGGACUCGCCAAGUAUCAUUUAUCAAGAUGGAAUUGCCAAUAGUUCACUAGCACCCUUGACAUGAUUGCUUCUUAUGACUAGUAUAUAGAUUUUGGUUUGUAUUCAUAUAUGAUAUAGAAAGGCAUGAUAUGCUGCAUAAAAUCUGUAAAUAAUAUCAAAAACUGUGUGGAGUUUUGACUAUUUUUACCACAAUUGUUAGCAAUUUGCUCUUAUAUGGAAUUGAGUUCAGC